AUGAAACAUUAUCAAGCUAGUGUUCGUAUUAUUGGUUUUUCGACAGAUGCGGAUAGCAAAUACCUCAGUGCCAGGCGUGUUGCCAAUCGUUUUUUCGCAUCACUACCUGAUUUCAAAUGGUCACAAAAAUUAUCAUUAUUGAAUCAUUUUAAAUAUGGUCAAUCCGAAAAAGAUAUACGUUUUUCUACACAUUAUAAACAAAAACACGAGCAUUCAAACACACCAUCAUAUGAUUUGGAUGGAACUGAUACGUUUGAUAUUCAACAGUUAAUAUCAGCCGCCUAUGAACAGGCAGUAGACCUCGUUAAAAAUUCAAAAAUUUUAGAUAUCCUACAUCAUCACAAUAUAAAUUGUCUAGCUGAUCUUAGCAGUUACACAUUUAAUAUGUUAAACAAAAGCUCAAAAAUCAUCAAUUGCUCUUUUCGAAUCGAGAAUGACGUGGAUGAGGAAAAUGACGACAAUGAUAUUGCUGAUUACCCGCCAGACGAACGUGCUGAUGAAUCCUUGUACGAUUCUCAAAAUGCUGUCGAUGAGGGUGGUGAUGAGGAGGAGCAGGAAGGUAUAUUAUAUUCAACGAAAUCUAAUUUCAAAGGAAUGAGGAUUGCUGAUAAUAUCAAUCCAACUUUAAGACAUUCAUAUUUCAAAAUUAAAAUAAAAGAUAGAAGUAAAUAUAUGCACAAGCAGUCGGCGCGCUAG